AUGGUCAUGCGGAAUCUUGGUGCCAACUCAGAUCCUGACAACUCUGCUGAGUGUCCUUUCUGGCGCCUACCCAGAGUCACAUCACAUCCGUGUUCAAAUGAAACCUUAAAACCCCCAAAAGCAGUGUUCUCAAUCAUCGUCACCACGAUGUCUCUGACACCCAGAUCUUCUGUUGUUCCCAUUCCCACACACCUCUUUCUUCUACUUAUUAUAAUCCUUCCUCUUCCUCUCAGCAGGACAGCAACACAAGAUAAAUCUUCUGAUCUUCACAAGGUCCUCCACAGGUAUGGGUUGCCGGCGGGGCUCUUCCCUCAGAGUGUGAGGUCAUACGAUCUGGACCAGACGGGUCGGUUGGAGGUGCACCUGGAUCGUCCCUGUCUGGCUCAGUACGAGACGAGGGUGUUCUUUGACAGCGUGGUGAGGGCUAACCUUAGUUUCGGACAGCUCAAGGUGUUGGAUGGGAUGUCUCGGCAAGAGCUUUUCCUGUGGCUACCUGUCAAGGAUAUCAUAGUCGCCGAUCCUUCCUCCGGUCUCAUUCUUAUUGACAUCGGUCUUGCCUUUAAACACCUUUCACUCUCUCGCUUUGAAGAUCCUCCAAUUUGUAGAUCUCAUUCCGGACUUAUGCUUAAAGUUGGAGGAAGGAAGGGUGUUGGAUUUAAAAAUCAAUGA